AUGCAUCGACAAUCUCGACAAUCUCGAGAAUUAUAUAUUCGUCGUCGUAGACUAGCCGCCGAGGCCGGGCGGCAGCAGUUCGUCCCCUUCAAGUCAUCGCCACAGGACCCGCACCCUUGUCGGAACCUGCGUUCUCUCAUGCGACUUGAACGCGUGAACAAGGCUGCCAAGAAGUUUGCGAGCCUUCUGCAAGAUAUCGAUUACAUCAGGAAAACAGUAAGGGGUAUCAUUCAACGUGCCGUGUCGCAUUACCGCAAGUUCAUAUUCACCAUCUUGAAGAUCACAGCGUAUCAUGGAUUAAGAUAUUUCUUGACUACUUUCACCUGCGAGACUUGCGGCAAGCCAGGAUCAUUCCGUAUGAUUAAAGUUAAGGUCCUCUGUGAGGAUUGUCAUGAUUCAAAGAAGCAGCCAGGAACCGAAUAA